AUGAAGAAGCAAGUUCCAUCCUCUGAUUCAGAUGAUUUCCAGUCCGACCACGGCCGUAAAAAUCCAAAAAACAUGCGGCGGUACCCUAAAUCCAAAAUCCCCAAUUCCACUGAGAAGGGUAAUUCUUCCAACUCCGACUUUGAAGAUGAAAUUCAACCAGAAGACGUCUCUAGUGAAGAAUAUUCGAGCGAAGAGGAAUCCCCGGUGGAAAUUUUCAACAAAAGAAACAAAAAAAGGAUUCAAAAAGAGAAAGGGGAUAUUAAUCUGAACAAGAAAAGAAGAAAACCGAACCCCGGCGUGCAACGUCUUCAGAAGCAGAUAUUGUUUAAGGAGUGGGAAUUGCUGAUCCGUCAUCCAAGGGAUAUAAAUGUGAAGAUGCAAAACAGUAACGACAACAGCAAAGAGAAAUGCACGAUAAGUGACAUCAAGAAAACGCUGACGAAGGAGCAAUUGGAAGCUUUUAGAAUGUCAGCUUUUGGGAAGUUCUUUGAUCUGCCACACUGCAUUGUCCAGAACCAGCUGGUGAACUACAUACUUUUACGCGAGGUUCAUCAAGGUAGGAUAGAUGAGAUCUGGUUCGACUUUAGAGGGAAAUUCCUCCGAUUUGGUAUAGAGGAAUUUGCUGUCGGGACUGGUUUAAAGUGCACUGGACUUAGUAAGAAACUGAACAUUCCAAAGAUUGCCAAUGUUCUGCACGACAAGUAUUUUGCUGGUCUUGAAUUAACUCGGAGCCACAUCAGAUGGCAGUUUAUGAAAAAAUUGUGGGCGAGCGAUGAAGAUGCUGUGAAAUUUGCUAAGUUGCAUUUCUUAGCAAAUUUCCUCAUGGGCUCUCAAGUUUCCCUUCGCAUAGACCGCUGUUUCGUUGACAUGAUUGACAGUCCAGAGUGUGAUGAUUACUCGUGGGGAACCGCUGUCUUUCAAUUUACCCUACUGUACCUGAAAAAAUCAAUUCAAACUAGAGAGCAGAUGCACAUAUCUAAUAACGACGAGGGAAGCAACCUGUAUCGGUUAUAUGGUCUUAUAUUGGCUCUCCAGACAUGGUUUUACGAGGUUUGUGACACGGCUGAUGGUGUAGUCGCAACAAACGUGGGUGUACAUGAUAUCCCGAGGAUAAUCAAAAAAAGAAAUGAGUUCACCCGAAAAAAUACUCCAUCAAGUUCCGCACCGCAACAUACAAAUGAAGAUUAUGUUAUAACCCGCCUCGACACACUAACUGCUGAAGUCCAGACACUGAAGGAAGCAUUCAAUGACUUCUCAAGACGGGUUUUUGAGGAAUUUGCUUUGUUUAAAGAAAAAUUCUUAGGUGUUCCAAGUGAAGAGCAACAUGUCGACAAAGGGAACACGAGUGAAGAUCUUGGUGGAAGUGGAAUGCUAGAUGAUAGUAUCCACAUAUCAGCUGGAAAAGAGACGAUCACUGUCAAAUCUCAUACAAGAGCAUUUAGAACCAAAGCCGAAGCACUCAUGAAGAGAGCAGCAGACAGAUUUGUACCGGUUCAAAAUCCCCCUAACCCUGAUAUCCAGCAACCAAACCCUCAUAUCCAGCCACUCAAUCCUGAUAUCCAUCCGCCAAACCAUGAUAUCCAUCCACCAAACCAUGAUAUCCAUCUACCCAAUCCUGAUAUCCAUCCACCCAGCAGCCCCAUUGACGACGAUGACAAUUUCCUCUUGAUCAACACCCAGUUUAUUGAAGAGGUUGACACGACUGUCCAACAAAAAUUAAGUGAAGUGCCAGAGGUCAAAGAACCGAGAGGUUUCAGUUAUGAGCCACACCCCAUAUUCGGUUAUGCAUUGAAUGGAUCUCAGCCUUCGUUUGACGCCAUAACUGUUGUUCUACCUCCAACGCAACCAUCGAAGAAGACUAUCCCAGAAGAGGUUAAUAAUCCUGUCGAGAAGAAUGAGAUGGUAAAAGGAGAGAACACACAGCUAAUCAAGCAACAACAACAGCUCCCGUUAGUUGUGUACAGUCCGAAGAAAGACGAAGUGAGGCGAACCAAGAAGCCUAAGAAAACAAUGGAGACCAAAAUUUCCACCAAGAAACAAAAAAGACUUCAGAAGCCUUGCCCAUUCGAUGUUGGGUUUCGCAUAAAUGUUUCUGGGGAAGUGGACAUGAAAGAAUUUAGAGACUGGAUUGGAGAGGGUUUGCUCAAGUCGGCUCCUCGCAAAGUCGAAAACGGGUACUACUGA